AUGUCAAUGGAAGCUAUAAGGGAGAAGAUAGAUCAAACAGUGACAAAUUUGAAAGAAAAAAGGCAACUUUUGGUGAGACAUAAGGCCCAAUAUAAUGAUUUGAAAUUUAAAUUGAUGGAUUUCCAACAAUAUAAAGAAUCAGAUAAACCUGAAAUAGAUGUUAAAUUAAAUUCAAAAGCUAUAGUGAAAGGUCAAAUAGUUAACCCACAAAAAAUAUUGGUAUUCCUUGGGUGUGAAUAUUUCGUUGAAAGAGAUCCAACAAAAGCUAUAAAAUCAGUUGAAAGUAAAUUAAAAUUUUUGAAUAAAGCUAUUGGUGAAUUUGAUGUUAAAAUUAAAGAUGCAAAGAAAACCAUAGAAAAUAUUGGACAUUUAGAAGAAUUUGAACGUAAACAAAAAUCAUCAGCAUCAUCAAAAAAGUCCAAGAAUGCACCAGUAGCUGAGGAAAUUGAUCAAGAUGAAGAAUUCCCAUUCAUGGAUAUCAGAGAAGAAUUAGAUGAAGAUGGUAAUGUUAUUAAAAGUUCUGUUCAAAAGCAAGAUGAUAGUAGAAUCAAUGGAUUUGCUGAAAAGGCUGGGAUCAAUGAAAAUGGUGAAAUUGAUGAUUAUGAAGAUCAAAUUGCAGAAUUAUUGGAGGAUAUGGAUAUUAAACCAAAACCAAGGUUUGAAGAAAUUCAAGAGGAAAAACCAAAAGACAUAUCAAGUAACAAUGAAAUUUUUUUGGGGAAGACACAAAAGAAAGAAAAUAAUGAUGUUAUGAGCUCAGUGGUCAAAGAAAAUGAUAUUGAAGAUAAACCUAAAGCUGAAUUACAACCAGCUGCACAAAACAAAAUCAACGAAACACAUUCACAAGCUAUAGAAUCACAAGCAGUAGAGAAUGAAGAAGAGGAAGAGGAUGAAUAUUAUCAGUUGAUGAGAGAAAUGGGUAUUUCAACUAAGCCUAAGAAUGUCAAAUCAGAAUCUAAGCCUAAAGUGGAAACUGAAGCUGAUGUCAAAGAAAUCAAAUCAAGUCAUACUGAGCAACCUCAAACAUCUAUAAAAUCAUCAGAAGCAACAACAAAAGAAAUUGAAGAGUUACCAACCCAAUCAGAAGAGCCAUUACAACCAGUAAUAGAGGUUAAUGGUGAGUGGGGUGACUUUAAUCCAGACCAACCAGCUAUUGAACAAGACGAUUUUAUACAAUUACAACUAAUAGCGGAUGAGUUUGAAGAAGAUGGUGAUUAUGAUUAUGAUGAAGAUGAACAAGAUUUUGAAUUUGACGAAGAUGAAGAAGAAGAUGAUGAUGACGAUGAGGAUUGGGAUUUCUCAACAAAUCCAGAUUCAUUAAUUCCAGAUUCACACAGAACUUUAUUCAUGAAAGAAUUACAAAAAAUUAGAAACCAAAAUCUUAAUUCAGAUAAACCUGUUAAUAAUAAAGAUGAACCUGUUGAAGUUGAAGCUGAAAUAAAAAAAGAUCAACCAAAGAAGAAAAAAUCAGUUUCAUUUGCACCUAAAUUACAAAUUAAACAAAUAGAAAACGUUUCAGAACAGCUAAAAAAUGCACCAGAUCACGGGAAAUUAUCUAAAUUUAAACAGAUGAGAGUUUCCAAUGGUACUCAACCAGCACCUUUUACAAAUGAAACCACAUCAAGCCCCGUUACUACCAAUAAUAAUGAUACUAACGAGAGACCUGUUUCAGAUAUUGUGAUUGAAAAAGAUUUCAUUGAACAAGAAAUACCAUCAGAACCAGAACCAACACCAAAAAGAGUCUCAAAAUUCAAGCAAAGAAACUCAUCAUCAACCAGAACAAUACCAAUGGCUCCAAAUCCAACGAUAAACGAAACUGCAGGUGGUUCAUUAUCAGAUAUUGUUGAUAAAGAUAUCAUUAAAGAAGAACAAGUCCCUGAACCUUCACAAAAAGUCUCAAAAUUCAAACAAAGAGGUUCAUCUUCAACAAGAACAACACCUAUUAUGAGUGAAACAGCAGGUGGUUCAUUAUCAGAUAUUGUUGAUAAGGAGAAUAUUGAAGAUAAACCAUCAGAACCAGUACAAAAAGUCUCAAAAUUCAAACAAAGGAACUCACAUAACACCUCAACAAUGCCAGUUGCUGAAGCAAAAUCAACAGGAAUAGAAACGGCAGGAGGGUCAUUAUCCGAUAUCGUUGAAAAAGCUGAUAUAGUUGAACCUUCAGCUCCAUUAUCAAAAGAUAAAGUAUCACGUUUCAAGUCAUCAAUAUCCAAACCACCAGUGAAAGGUAAUGCCAUUUCAAUACCCAAAAAUGAUUUUAAUUAUGAUAUAGAGAAUGAUGAAUAUGAUGAAUUUGAAGAUAUAAAAGCUUACCUUGAAAAUGAAGAUGAAGAUGAAGAGGAUGAAGAAGCUUUGAAUGCAAUUACAGAUAUGGAUAUUUAUACAACAGCAGAUAUCAAUGAAUUCGAUGAAGAUCAAGAUCAAGAUGAUGGCGAUGGAUCAGAAGAAGAAACUGGUGUCUUAACUGAUCAAAUUGUUGAACAUGAUGAAGUCGAUGAUCCAAGCUAUUUUGUCGAUGAUAAUAUCUUACAGAAAGAAUAUCAAGAUUUAAGAAGAAAGAUGUUUGCUAAAUAUAUGGAACGUGAUGAAGCCGAAAUUAAAGAAAAGAUCAUACCCAAGUUUAACGAAGAUGAGGAAAUGGAAUUAGAACCUAUUGAUGAGCAUGGUAAUCCUGUUAGAGUAAGUAGAUUUUUGGAAUCAUUGGGUAAAUAG